AUGCGAGGCGUGUCGCUGUACCGGAUCUUUGGCGCCGGCAUCGGGGCUGGAAUUGUCAGCCUCGGCGUGGUGCUCCAUGUGGCCAGCACACACACGGUGCGGGAACUCCUCCAGCCGGACCGGCUGCUGGCCAUGACAACCGGCGUCCUGGCCUUUGCCCAGGCAUGCUUCUCCUUCUUCCUGGUGACCACCCUCACGCCCUAUGCUGUGACCUUUGGCAAAAUCAUCCUCUACUCCUACCCGCCGUAUGUGAUGGAGUCCAGCCCGGUGCUGUGGGUCUUCCUCGGCCUCUACAUCAUGGGCCUCGUGGGGGCGGCAGGCUGGUGGCAUUUGGCCGAGACGGCCUUCGGCCCGGUGGCCAGCCUGACGCUGCUGUCGCCGGUGACCGUGCGUCUGGCGCGCCUGACCGCCGAGAGCCUGGCCUCCCGGCCGGCCAGCUGGCCCGGCGUGGCCCGGCAAUUCCUCGCCGGGGCCGGCCAUUGGAUCUGGUAUCGGUGGCUGUCGAGCCGCGGAGCCCAGCUGGUGGCCAUUUGGCUGGUGGCCAAUGUGGCCGCCACGGCCUACAUCACCGUGGCCAAUUUGCGCUCGGUGCGUCCCCUGCGCUUGUCGCAGAUGCGCUGGAAGUUGGUCGAACGCCGGGCCCGGUCCACUCGGGUGACGGCCACGCCGCUUUCCGGGCCCACGCCGGAUCUCCGGUCCGCCGAGGCCGGCGGCGCCGCCUCGCGCUCCCCCGCCGGCAGGGGGACCGCCUCGGCCGGAAGCUGCUGCAGCUUUGGCAUUGUCAAUGAGGCCGCAUGUGCCGGGCCGAACUCCGGCCACUUGGGCCCCCUCGACGAGGGGGAGGACCACCUGGCUGCCAGCCAGCCUGGCCAGCAGCAUCACCAGUGCGGCAAUAUGUCCUGCCUCGGGCGGCUGCAUGGGGCCGCGCGCCCGCUGACCGCGGCCGAGGAACGCCUCGAGGAGGAACUGGACCAGCUGGUGGAGAAGGCCAAUGCCCGGACCUUGGAGCAGGUGUCGCCGGAGCUGCUACAAAUGCUGGCCCCGAAGACCGGCGAGCUGUUCGGCUCGUCGACGCUGGCCACACCACGCUUGAGCCGGAGCCCGGGCUCCCUGGACGAGGAGUACUCCGAGGAGGAGCUGUCCGAGUCGGAAGAGGAGGAGGUCGCCAAGGAGACCCUCUCGCCAAGUGCCGAUGCCAGGGCCCUGUCGUCCAUCCGGCGCCGGGCCAUUCGCAAGGCCCGGCCAUUCGAAGCCACCACCAUGCUCGACACGCUGGAGCGCGAUGUGCUGGAGGGCUUGAGCCAGGCCCCCCUGCCGGGGGGGCUGCUACACCAGUGGUUCAGCGGCCUCAAUUGGCGCUCGGUCCUGACCGGGUCCUGGUGCUUCGACCCGCAGCCGGGCGUCAUCAAAACCAAGCACAUCCUCUACUGGCAUGGGGGGGCAGAUGGUGGGGAUCGGCACUUCGCCGGCCUGCCGCCUGACACCACGGACCCGGAGAUGGUGGCCGGGCGCUCGUGGGCCGAGUUCCUCGACCCCCCGGCCGAGGAGUAUGCGGCGACGGCCGCAUCGCGCCUGGUUGACAGCGAUUUCACCAUGGACAUCCUGAUCCCGGACCAUGUUGACCCGACGAACUUGGCCGCCGUGGCGGCCCUCCCGCGGGUGGUCAACAUCCACGGCGGGGCCUGGGUCAUCGGCGACAAGAGCCUGGCCUCGCUGCCGAUGACAUAUGCCCUGGCCCGUGCCGGCUUCCUGGUGGCCACCUGCAAUUACCGGCUCUGCCCGCGGGCACACAGCGUGGUGGAGAUGCUGCGCGACUGCCGCCGAGCCAUGGAGUUCGUGCGCACCGGUCGCGCGGUGUCGCGCUUUGUCGAGCGCGCCCGUCGGGUCCAUGGCAGCCGGGCGGCCCUCCUCCGGAUGAAUCCCACCCGUGACUGGGACCACCCCCUGUCGGGGGAUCUGCAUCCUGCUGGGGCGAGCUUCCUCGAGCAUCGUCGCGUGUUUUUGGCCGGCGAUUCGGCCGGCGGUCAUAUUGCCCUUGUUCUGUCCCUCGGCCAAGCACACACGGCCACGCGCGUGGAGCACCAGCGUCGACUGGCCGAGGUGGGCAAGGUGGCCGGGACCCGGGUGGCAGCGGCGGCGGCGGCGGCGGCGGCUCCUGCCGGGCCGGUCGCCGACCCAGUGUCGGGACCUCGGCACAAGGCCGCCCCCGGUGAUCUGGCGCCUGUGGCCGAUGCCGAGGCCGUUCGAGCGCAUCUGACCAAUCCACGGCGCGACACCGAUCCCCGAGUGGCUGCCGUGCUGGACUUCUUCGGUGUCGGGGAUUUCCUCAAUGAACAGCAAUUCAUCAAACACCGGCAGCUAACCACCCUGCUGGAGGAGUACCUCUUGCGUCGAUCGCCCGAUGGGGACCCCACCUCGCGGCGCUUUUCCCCGCAUCACAUGGUGCAGGACAUGAUCGCCGACAUUCGUGCCCGGCAGGUGGCCCGACGGACCGACGGUAAGCCCAAGCCAUCGGCUGAGGCGGGGAGACUGCCCUGCACCGAGGAGGUGUGGCUGCCGCCGCAGUUCGGCAUCAGCGGCACGCGCGACACCCUCGUCCCGUCACCCAUGUCCGUGUCCCUGUACAAGGAGCUGAAAACUCUUCGUCUGCUGCGCAAUGAGCUGUCCUUGACCGAUGACAUGGUUCGCGUGUCGAAUGCCCACCACAUCUUCAACUAUUACGAGUCGCCACGCACGGCGGCCACAAACCAGGCGGCAAUCGCCUUCCUCCGGGCCCAGAUCGCCCUCGGACACUACUAUUGAGAGCAGGGCCGAGAGAGGGGCCAGACAGAGGCCCACAGGGGGAGAGAGGUGCCGAGGGAGGAAGCGAGAGAGAUGCAUGGAUGCAUGCGGCACCGAGGCCCGCCGCACCAUGUAGGCAGAGCCGGCGAGGAGUGGUGCGGGGAUGCGCAGGGCAAUGCGCGUGCCACACUGCGGACUUCGCCCUCUCUCCCUGGCCCCGGCGUCCAACCUUUUCGCACUCUGCCACACACACACACACAUACAUAC